GAAAUAUUGUCCAGCCUGAAUUAAACGGACCAGCAGCAGCCGCAGACGCGCCUCCUUCAUUCAGUUUGGACGCGUUUUCCACCAACUGUGUCCAAGAUGACCGCCAACAGCAGGUACAAGAGCCGCGCGCCCCGGUCAGAGGAUGGAGAGGAAAAAGAUUACGUUGGUUUUGCGACACUGCCCAACCAGGUGCACAGGAAGUCAGUGAAAAAAGGAUUUGACUUCACCCUCAUGGUGGCAGGUGAGUCUGGUCUGGGUAAAUCCACUCUGGUGAACAGCCUCUUCCUCACUGAUCUGCACAAAGACAGAAAACUACUCAAUGCAGAGGAGCGCAUCAAUCAGACAGUGGAGAUCACAAAGCACACCGUGGACAUCGAGGAGAAGGGGGUCAAGCUGAAACUGACCAUUGUGGACACGCCGGGUUUUGGAGAUGCUGUCAACAACACUGAGUGCUGGAGGGCAGUCACAGACUACAUCCAUCAGCAGUUUGAACAGUACUUCAGAGACGAGAGCGGACUCAACAGGAAGAACAUCCAGGACAACAGAGUGCACUGCUGCCUGUACUUCAUACCGCCGUUUGGACACGGGCUUCGUCCAGUCGAUAUAGAGUUCAUGAAGGCCCUGCAGGAUAAAGUGAACGUUGUUCCUCUCAUUGCGAAGGCCGACUGCCUCACUCCCACCGAGAUAAAGAAACUGAAAGAGCGGCUGAGGGAAGAGAUAGAUAAGUGUGGGAUAAAGAUCUACCAAUUCCCCGACUGCGACUCUGAUGAAGACGAGGAGCUCAAACGACAAGAUAAAGAGCUGAAGGAGAGCAUCCCGUUUGCAGUGAUCGGCAGCAACACUGUGGUAGAAGCCCGAGGUCAGAGAGUGAGAGGGAGGCUCUACCCGUGGGGCAUUGUGGAGGUGGAGAACCCGUCCCACUGCGACUUUGUGAAGCUGAGGACCAUAUUGAUAAGAACCCACAUGCACGACCUGAAGGACAUCACCAGCGACUGUCACUAUGAGAACUACAGAGCUCAGUGCAUCCAGACCAUGACCAGCAGUAAGAUGAAUGCCGAUAAGCGGGUGGAGAGCCCCAUCCCACUCUUGCCGCUGUCCACACCAGACGGGGAGACGGAGAAGCUCAUCAAAAUGAAAGAUGAAGAACUGAGGAGGAUGCAGCAGAUGCUGCAGAAGAUGCAGCAGCAGAUGCACGAGCAGGAGCUGUGAUCCCUGAGCUCUUAUGUUACACCUGUGGCCAUUUA